AGCUCCUAGGCCAUGGGCUCAUCUGGGCUGCGUCGGGACGAGUGACGAGUGCAGCCCCUUCCCCUCCCUCUUCUCUCUGUGUGGCCCCGGCUAGUGACGUUGUGUGUGUGAUGGCCGCCGCGAGGCCGGGAAGGUGAAGCUGGGACAGGUGGAGUCAACACCAUCAGUAGCCAACCUGGACCUGAAUCAACACAGAAGAGACCUCAAGUUCUUUUCAUCAUCUUGACUCCAGCCAUGUCCACGAUGUCCACCCUGUAAAGGUCUCUUACCAGCUAAAAACGAGAUGUCCCUGCUCUUCUCUCGAUGCAACUCCAUCGUCACCGUCAAGAAGGAUAAGCGACACAUGGCUGAGGUGAAUGCUUCCCCGCUCAAGCACUUUGUCACUGCCAAGAAAAAGAUCAAUGGCAUUUUCGAGCAGCUAGGGGCCUACAUCCAAGAGAGUGCCAGCUUCCUUGAAGACACCCACAGGAAUGCAGAACUGGACCCAGUUACUACAGAAGAGCAGGUCCUGGACGUCAAAGGGUAUCUGUCCAAAGUCAGGGGUAUCAGCGAGGUACUGGCCAGGCUACACAUGAAGGUGGCUUUUUUCGGCCGGACGAGCAAUGGGAAGAGCACCGUGAUCAAUGCCAUGCUCUGGGACAAAGUUCUGCCAUCUGGAAUUGGCCACACCACCAAUUGCUUCCUGCGGGUGGAGGGCACAGAUGGCCACGAGGCCUUCCUCCUCACUGAGGGCUCAGAAGAGAAGAAGAGCGUCAAGACUGUGAACCAGCUGGCACAUGCCCUCCAUCAGGACGAGCAGCUGCAUGCAGGCAGCCUGGUGAGUGUGAUGUGGCCCAACUCCAAGUGUCCACUUCUGAAGGAUGACCUCGUGCUGAUGGACAGCCCUGGGAUCGAUGUCACUACGGAGCUGGACAGCUGGAUUGAUAAGUUUUGCCUGGAUGCUGAUGUGUUUGUGCUGGUGGCCAACUCAGAGUCCACACUGAUGCAGACGGAGAAGCAGUUCUUCCACAAAGUGAGCGAGCGUCUCUCCCGGCCCAACAUCUUCAUCCUGAACAACCGCUGGGAUGCCUCUGCCUCGGAGCCUGAGUACAUGGAGGAGGUGCAGCGGCAGCACAUGGAACGCUGCACCAGCUUUCUGGUGGACAAGCUGGGCGUGGUGGAUCGAGCUCAGGCUGGGGACAGGAUCUUCUUCGUAUCUGCCAAGGAGGUGCUCAGUGCCAGGGUCCAGAAAGCCCAGGGCAUGCCAGAAGGAGGGGGCGCUCUUGCAGAAGGGUUUCAAGUGAGGAUGUUUGAAUUUCAGAAUUUUGAGAGGCGAUUUGAGGAAUGCAUUUCCCAGUCUGCAGUAAAGACCAAAUUUGAGCAACACACAGUCCGGGCUAAGCAGAUUGCAGAAGCCGUUCGUCUCAUCAUGGAUUCCCUGCACAUUGCCGCCCAGGAGCAGCGAGUUUACUGUCUGGAGAUGCGGGAAGAGCGGCAAGACCGGCUGAGAUUCAUCGACAAGCAGCUGGAGCUCCUGGCUCAAGACUAUAAGCUGAGAAUUAAGCAGAUUACAGAGGAAGUGGAAAGGCAGGUGUCCACAGCCAUGGCUGAAGAGAUCAGACGCCUCUCUGUGCUGGUUGAUGAGUACCAGAUGGACUUCCACCCGUCCCCAGUUGUCCUCAAGGUUUAUAAGAAUGAACUACACCGCCAUAUAGAGGAAGGCCUGGGCCGGAACAUGUCUGACCGCUGCUCCACGGCCAUCACCAACUCCCUACAGACUAUGCAGCAAGACAUGAUAGAUGGCUUGAAGCCCCUUCUGCCUGUGUCUGCGCGAAAUCAGAUAGACAUGCUGGUCCCUCGCCAGUGCUUCUCCCUCAGCUAUGACCUGAACUGUGACAAGCUGUGCGCUGACUUUCAGGAGGACAUCGAGUUCCACUUCUCCCUUGGAUGGACAAUGCUUGUGAACAGGUUCCUGGGUCCCAAGAACAGCCGCCGGGCCUUGAUGGGCUACAGUGAUCAGGUUCAGCGGCCUAUCCCUCUAACACCUGCCAACCCCAGUAUGCCCCCCUUGCCUCAGGGCUCCCUCACACAGGAGGAGCUUAUGGUCUCCAUGGUUACUGGCCUCGCCUCUCUGACAUCCAGAACCUCCAUGGGCAUUCUCGUGGUUGGAGGAGUGGUGUGGAAGGCAGUGGGCUGGAGACUCAUUGCCCUCUCAUUUGGACUGUACGGCCUCCUCUACGUCUAUGAGCGGCUAACCUGGACCACCAAGGCUAAGGAGAGGGCCUUCAAGCGCCAGUUUGUGGAAUACGCCAGUGAAAAACUGCAGCUCAUUAUCAGUUACACUGGCUCUAACUGCAGCCACCAAGUCCAGCAGGAACUAUCUGGGACAUUUGCUCAUCUGUGCCAGCAAGUUGACAUCACCCGGGAAAAUCUGGAGCAGGAAAUUGCUGCAAUGAACAAGAAAGUCGAGGCUCUGGAGUCACUUCAGAGCAAAGCCAAAUUGCUCAGGAAUAAAGCUGGCUGGUUGGACAGUGAACUCAACAUGUUCACACACCAGUACCUGCAGCCGAGCAGAUAGUGGGCAGCGGGGGCGGCCUGCGCAGAGAGGCAGGGCUGCACCUCCCAUGGGCUCCAGUCCUUGGCCACUGCGGAGAGAAGGAAAGCAUCCACUGUCCUGUACUGUUUGAGCCUCCACACCAGUUACCCGACCCCUGCAGGAGACCCCGGUGCACACCCUAAUUGGAGACUGACAAGGAUGGGUCAGCUCAGCAUGAGGAGUCACGCGUGUCGGUGUCUGCUCAGCAUGUUCACCUGGUUGAAGUUCGCUGCAUUUGAGAAGGUCUUCCUCAGGGUAGCACCCUGCAGAAUACUGAGGGGAACCCUCACAGGCAUCAGGCAGACACUCCCACCUUCUCCAGCCCAAGCAGGCACACCUAGCGAAAGACAAUGUGGGGGUGACUGGACUCCCCAGAAGAAUUCAGGAUAGUUCUGGAAGGGCCAUGUUUGUCCCAGAAGGACUUGUAUCUUGAGUUUGGCCUCAGCUUUAGCGCUUUUCCCCACUUGCAGUCUCUGAGUUGUGCUUGGUGGCCAGGCUCAGCACACCCUGGGCUUUAGACUCAGGCAGCUCGUAUGGGAGGCUGGGGACCUCUGCCAGGCAAAGCAGAGGGAGAGCUCAGGAGAAGGCGUGUGGAUUAGGGUAUCAGAUGUGGUGGUGCUGACGUCUGACAGGAUGAGAUGGGGCUUGCCUCCCUUCUUGCCAUUGAGGCCCUUGCUCUGAUUUCAGCUCUUGGCCUGAUGGUCCUGGUUUAUUAGUGAGAGCUAGUGUGGUCCAGGUGGUUAAAGGAUGUAGCAGGAGGAAUGGUGGAAGAUGGGGCUGCCUGGGGUGGCUGGAGAAGGUGGGUACAGAAGAGAUCCCUCUCGCGACCUGACCUAGCACUGAGGGGCGCACAGCCUGUGAGCCCACCUCCCUAACUCCAGCUCAUCUCUGCCUUGCUGCAAGCUCCCCGUGGCCACCAUUCUCUAGACUGUACCCUGUGUCGAUGCCUGCAGCUGGCCACAAAACAGCAUGAGAAGCCAGGCUGCCAUUUUCCUACUGCCCUGACCCUCAAGCCUCAUCCCAUUCUACUCCUGAACCUCCUGCUGCUUGCUUAGCCUCCUGUUGACUCUGAGCUUCCCCUUGUUGAGGGUUGAAACUGUUACUGGUCAAAGUGGGGAAGAUUCCAGUCACCCAGGUGGAUUGUCUGAAAAAAACAGUUUCAGGUUAAUGAAGACUUGUAGACCGGGUAGAGAGUGUCUUAGAGAUAAACCAUUGGGCUGCAUCUCCUCCCAGAAGCCCACAGCCAG